CCCGCCCCGCGCUGCGCGUCUCCGAACGCAGCCCGGCGCCUUUAAGGCCGGCGCACCAGAAAGUCCCGCCCCCAGGGAGCGCGCAACCCGACGGGGCGUGGCCUGGCCGCCAUUGGAUGAGUCACUUAGUGUUUCGGAGAGAGAAGGCGGGUCUUCGCGCUCUGAUUGGACUUGGGGCCUGCUCGUCUGCGUGCCUGUCGGAGUCGGCGUCUGCUCCCGGGUUCAGAUUCCACGCUCGGGCAGCGGGGAGCUGGACGCGGGAGGCCCGGGGCGCCCGCCGGCAGGUGCACUGACGCCAGGACGCAGGCAGACAUGGCAGAGUUCUCCCAGAGGCGGGGGAAGCGGCAUGAUGACGACAUGCUGGGCAGUGCUGUGGACUUCCUCCUGGCCAAUGCCCGCCUGGUGCUGGGUGUGGGCGGGGCUGCCGUGCUGGGUAUUGCCACCCUGGCUGUGAAGCGGCUCAUUGACAGGGCUGCCAGCUCUCGGGACGAGGAUGAUGCCAAGGCAGACGCCACGAGCCUGGAGGACAGUUGGAAGGAACUGAGCCUGCUCAAGGCCACACCACGCCCACAGCCCCGGCCCUCACCUGCUGCCCACAGCCAGCCUGUGCUGCUCCCAGUCCCCUCACAUUUUGCCUCAGAGGGGCCUGCAGGUGCUGACCCUCAGUCGUCUCCUCAGCUUACCUCCCCAGGACUGUUGUGCCUGACCUUCCAAGAGAAGCUGUUGGCGUUCGAGCGAGACCACGUGAGCAUCCCAGGGGCCCACGUGGCUCUGGCCAAACAGUUGGCUGGCGACAUUGCCCUCGAGCUGCAGGCCUACUUGCAGAGCAAGUUCCCAGAGCUGCCCUUCGGGGCGCUUGUGCCCGGGGGGCCGCUGUAUGAUGGCUUGCAGGCAGGGGCUGCUGACGACGUGCGUCUCCUGGCACCCCUGGCGCUGGAGCCGGGCCUGUGGAGCCUGGUGCCUGGCAUGGACACCGUGGCCAGGGACCCUCGCUGCUGGGCUGUGCGUAGGACUCAGCUUGAAUUCUGUCCCCGCGGGAGCAGCCCCUGGGACCGCUUCUUGGUGGGUGGCUAUCUCUCGUCCCGCGUCCUGCUGGAGCUGUUUCGCAAGACACUGGCCGCCUCCGUCAACUGGCCCGUGAUCGGCAGCCUUCUCGGGUGCUGGGUCCGGCCCAGCGUGGCUUCGGAGGAGCUGCUGCUGGAGGUGCAGCACGAGUGCCUGGAGCUCACCGUCGCCGUGUUCCUGGCCAUCACCGGCGCCAGCGCCGACGGCCGGCUCCUCGUCGCCUGGCCCCUGGAGGGGCUGGCUGGGAACUUCUGGCUGCAGGACUUGUACCCGGCAGAGGCUGCCCGGCUGCGAGCUCUGGAUGGCUGUGAGGUUGGGACCCGCCAGCGGCUGCUGCUGCUGCUGUGUCGUGUCUGCCAAGGCCAUCCGGCCCUGAGGCAGCUGAGCCGGGGCCACCUGACCCAGGUGGUUCUCCGUCUGGGCGAGGAGGAGGCAGACUGGGCGGAGGGGGUUUUGGGGGAGCGCUUUCUGCAGGCCGUGGAGCUGCUCCUCAGCAGCCUGGAGCAGGCCAGCCUGCCCUGCCAUUUCAGCCCCGGUGUGAACCUCUUCGCCAGCCUGUGCCCGGAGGAGGUGGACAGCCUCGGCCACGUGCUGUACCGCGGCCUGCAGGCCCCCGAGGGGCUGCUGUAGACGAGGCAGGCAGGCUGCGUGUGUUCUGAUGCUGGAGAACACCCUUCCUCUUGCUUUUAGUCAGGAUAAAAAGGUGUUGGCUAAGGCCGGGGUUAGCAUGUGCAUAGGUAGCCAUCACUGGGACCUUCUGAGCCCAGAGAGCUUGAGCCGCACUGCCUCUCAGGCAGCCUGGAGGGCCAGCCACUCACACCCACUCCCUCAGUCCUCUGGGCCGACCCGGGACCUUGGGCUUGGUCCCUCAUCACCAGCAGUGGAUCCCCUGACAGCAGAUGGUCUGCUGUCCUCGGCAGGGGUAAGGCCAGCUCUGUUUUUCUGUUGAGGGUGAGUUGGUGCUUUCCUCGGGUGCCAGCUCCUGGCAUCUCUAGGCGCCUGGUGCAGGAUGGUGAACACCCGGUGUUUGUUCAUCCCCAUGGGCCGGAGUCACCUGGUAGCUGUGGCAGGGAAUGCAGCUUUUUGACAGACUUCGAAGCUGGUGUUUUCUGAUGUCAUCUGUGGUCUAGUUUGCUUAUUGAGCCCUCUCCCCUACCCUGGAGUGGGGGCUCAGCUUGGGGUGCUGCCCACCUCACACCUGUGAGGCCCUUUCUCCUCCAUCAGGCGAGUUCUCUCCUGCAGAGGCAGUUGGAGGGCCCUGCGGGAGCCCCUGCCCACCGGGAGCGAGGGCUCUGCCCGUCUUGCCCAGAGCCAGCUGUAUUGUGCCAGCCAGAGAGCGGGGGCCUCCGGGAAGGCCUGUGGGGCAGAUGGGCCUGGGCCGUGCCACACGGACAGCUCAGCCGACUCCUGUGUUCUCCCUGGGCCCGCAGAGUCAGGGAUAGGGAAGGGAGGGCUGCCCCCCCUUCCCGUGUGCCUCCUACCGUGGUGUCCUUCCUGCUGAAGCCGAGCUGUGCCUCAAAGAAUGUGAACCAGAAUAAAAGAGAAAACAAGCCUU